GCCCAAAUAUGGCGCGAAACCGCCGGGAGCAGGACGACCCAGCAAGCCUAACCGCCAAAACGGCCUCCCCAUGGCGCAGCUCGCGCUUUGCCUUUACUGCCACGAGAUAACAACAGCCAUCGAAACCGCCUCCAGCCAGCACCGUUGCACGAGCUAGCUGCCGCACGCUCGUCUCGGCUUCCGGCCACCGCGCGCGCGCCGAUGGGCUUCGCCAACCGCCACAAUGUGGACGGCCCCCACAGCCGCAGCAGCAGCGUAGCGUCCUCGGGCACGACCCCCGCGGCCAGCACGAGCAGCAGCUGCACCCGGACAUCGUCCCUCUCCUCGGUCGACGGCGGCGCCAGCGACGACGGGAGUGGCCGGCCCGGACAGUCCCCGGCGCGCGCGCCGGGCCACACGCUGGAGGCGCCGUCCCGGAAGCACCGGUCCGGGCGCAGCUCCUCCCGGUCUGCGCGGCUGUUCCAGAAGCUGCGCAGCGCGCUCCCCGUCCUGGCUCCCCGGUGCGGGAAGACGCCGUCCGGGUCGGCGCGCGAGAUCGCGGUGGCGGCGGCGUCAACCUCCUCGGGCGCCGCCGACACCCACCUGCUGUCUCACGUCGCGUCGUUCUCGUCGGGCGGCGGACGGCCGUGCCGGCGCGUGACUGGGACGCUGUUCGGCCGCCGCAAGGGCCGCGUCGCGCUGGCGCUGCAGGAGUCGCCCAGGUGCCUGCCGAGCCUGGUGGUGGAGCUGGCGCUCCAGACGCACGCGCUGCUCCGCGAGCUCGGCAACCCCGCGGGCGCGCGCAUCGUGCUGGAGACGGAGCGCCGCGCCUCGUCCGGACCCGGCGCCAGCGAGGGCUCGGCGGGCCGCCCGCCCAGGCGCCCUGCGCCGCUGCUGGACGAGGCGGCGUGGACCAUGUUCUGCAACGGGAAGAAGACCGGGUACGCGGUGCGGCGGGAGGCGACGGGCGACGACCUCACGGUGAUGGAGACGCUGCGGGCGGUGUCCAUGGGCGCCGGCGUGCUCCCGCCAGCGGAGGGCUCGUCGCCGGACGACGAGGUGGCGUACAUGCGCGGCUGCUUCGAGCACUUCGUCGGCUCUCGGGACUCGGAGUCGCUCUACAUGGUGGCGCCCCAGGGCGGCGGCACCGGCCCGGAGCUGGCCGUCUUCUUCGUCAGGCUCUGAACGAAACGCAGGCCGUGCAUGCAGUGCGCGAGGCGCGAAGGCCCGACCUCUCUCCUUGGUCGCGCAUGCGAUGCGACGUUAGCGUCAAGUGCGCAUCGAGCAGUGCAACCUCACGACGGCCAUUAAUUUGGGAUCGUGGAAUAUCCAAGCCCACUGAACCAACCUUGUGAUCGGCGACAUCACCAAGACAUGGUGGCUUGGUGACCUGAUCUCUCUCCUGGUUGCAUCAGUUUGUGGGAGGAGGUGUAUUUUUUAAGAAAAAAAAUUGUCAGUGUGCGGCACAAUCUAGUGGAGCGUACGGAGAAUCAUUUGCUUCCAUUCACCUUCUUUCUUUGUCACCCCUAUGAAUUUCUUUUGACAAA